AUGGCGCUCUAUUUCCAUGCGGGCGGCGCAGCCAAUCUCCCCUUCCAAGAGUAUGGCGUUGGCAUCUUGAGAGACGUCAUUCACCGAUGGUCGGAGCUGGACAUCACCCAGAUUGGAUCUCUCAUCGCCAUCGCCGGCACCGCGCCCGCCGCCUGGAGGCUCCUGAAGCGCGCCUGGAACGAGACCUACGACUGGGUCCGCAGAUUCUUCCUGGCGUCUGUCACAAUUCCAGCUGGCGAUCCCCUCAACCGGAGUGUCGUCAAAUGGGUUCUCUUCAACCGAUCCCGAGAUUACCGAUCUUUCACCGGUCGCACCCGCCUGGGCCACACAGGCAGCGACCGAGCCGCGGCACUCAAGAAAUCGCGACAUUCGGUAAAUUACUCUCCUCAUUGGGAUGCGAGGUGGAUUUGGUAUAAUGGGAAUUUCUUUAUUGUUACACGCACAGUCGAUCAUUACGCCGCCUCGUCUUCUUCCGACCCGAGCGAUGAUGGCAUCGGGGGCGAGGAACUUACCGUGAGCUGCCUAAGCUGGUCGAUUGAGCCAGUGAAGAAGUUCAUUGAGACGUGUCGCGAUUUCUCCGACAGGCAAACCCAGUUCUUUGUUGUCAUCUACGCGCGGGAUCGGUACGGGCUUGCGUGGAAGCCCAAGGCCCGCACCCCAAUCCGGCACCUUGACACUGUCCAUUUUGACAAUGGAGUGAAGCAGGAACUUCUCUCUGACAUUCGCAAGUAUCUUGACCCCAAGACUCAAAUGCUGUACCAAAGCCGGAGCAUGCCGUAUCGACGAGGUUAUCUCUUCUACGGGCCUCCUGGAACGGGCAAAUCAUCAUUAUCAGUGGCCAUCGCUGGGGAGUUUGGGCUAGAUUUGUAUGAGGUCAAGAUUCCUAGCGUCGCCACCGAUGCCGAUCUGGAACAGAUGUUUCUCGAAAUUCCCCCUCGAUGUGUCGUCUUGCUUGAAGAUAUUGACGCAGUGUGGUUGGAACGGACUAACGCAGAAAACAACAACAAAAGCAACAACCCCAACGGCAAUACAAACACUACUAGCUGCACAUUAUCUGGAGUGUUGAAUGUUUUGGAUGGGGUUGGCUCACAAGAGGGGCGAAUCGUCAUCUUGACAACCAACCGGCCCGAGCAACUCGACAGCGCGUUGGUUCGACCAGGUCGCGUUGACAUGAAGGUUCUCUUGGGGAACAUCAGUCAGAAAUCUGCGGAGGAGAUGUUUGUUCGCAUGUUCUCUCAUGACCUUGGCUGCGCAUCUGUGUUUUCCCCAGAAGAAAUUCGAAAGCUUGCUGCCAUCUUUGCAAGUAAAAUACCAAACGAUAUCUUCACGCCUUCUUUAUUACAGGGAUUCUUCCAGCUUCAUCUGGAUAGCCCCCGGGAUGCUGUUGCCACUAUUGAUGCUUGGGUCGAGAAGCAGUUGGCCAAGAAGUCUGACAGGGAGUUUGAGAUGGUUAAUGGUGAAAAGAGGUUGUGA